AUGGCGAGCGUCAAAGAAGUCCAGUUCAAGUCGUUCACUGACCAGAAACCUGGUACUUCGGGUCUUCGUAAGAAGGUCACCGUCUUUCAGCAGCCACACUACAGUGAAUCCUUCAUUACCUCCAUCCUCUUGUCUAUACCCGAAGGUGCGGAUGGUGCUUUCCUCGUCAUCGGCGGUGACGGGAGAUUUUGGAACCCGGAAGUCGUGCAGUUGAUUGCAAAGAUCGGUGCAGCAUAUGGUGUCAAGAAGCUUGUGAUUGGGCAGAAUGGCAUUCUCAGUACCCCUGCGGCCAGCCAUGUCAUCCGGGUACGCAAGGCCACUGGAGGCAUACUCCUGACUGCCAGUCACAACCCAGGUGGGCCCAAGGCCGACUUUGGCAUGAAGUAUAACCUCUCCAACGGAGCUCCAGCACCAGAAUCCGUGACGAACAAAAUCUUCGAAAAGUCCAAGACCCUUACCUCGUACAAGAUCGCGGACAUCCCAGACAUCGAUAUCUCUACUAUUGGCACCAAGAAGUAUGGAGAUCUGGAGGUUGAGAUCAUUGACUCCACAGCCGACUACAUUGCCAUGCUGAAAGAUAUCUUUGACUUUGACCUCAUCCGAUCAUUCUUUAAAGCGCAACCCAACUUCAAGGUCUUGUUCGAUGGAAUGUCUGGUGUUACAGGUCCAUACGGUGUCGCCGUAUUCCAGAAAGAGCUUGGUUUGGGACCGGACAGCACGCAGAACUGCUCACCUAGCCCAGACUUCAACGGUGGUCACCCGGAUCCCAACUUGACCUACGCACAUGAUUUGGUUGCCAGAGUAGAGAAGGAGGGCAUACACUUUGGCGCAGCCUCGGAUGGCGACGGCGACAGAAACAUGAUCUAUGGCAAGAAUGCCUUCGUCUCGCCCGGUGACUCUCUGGCCAUCAUUGCCCACUAUGCCAAGAAGUACAUCCCCUACUUUAAGAAACAGGGCGUUUACGGUCUGGCUCGGUCCUUCCCCACCUCGGCGGCCUUGGACCUGGUGGCCAAGAAGCAGAACUUGUCCCUCUAUGUCGUCCCCACCGGAUGGAAAUUCUUCUGCGCUCUGUUCGACGCCAACAAGAUGUCCAUCUGCGGUGAAGAGUCUUUCGGUACCGGUUCGAACCACAUCCGAGAGAAAGACGGUGUGUGGGCCAUCACGGCUUGGCUGAACAUCAUUGCUGGAGUAGGUACGGAGACGGGCGUGUUCCCAUCGAUUGGAGAAAUCCAAAAGGAGUUCUGGCAAGAGUAUGGACGGGUGUACUUUACGCGGUAUGAUUAUGAGAAUGUUAGUAGUGAAGGUGCGGGAGAUAUGAUCAAGUCUCUCGAGGAUAAGAUCGCCGACAAGGGCACCAUCGGUUCCGAUCUCUCUGGUCGCAAGAUCACCGAAGCCGGCAACUUCUCGUAUACUGACCUGGAUGGCUCCGUGUCGAAGAACCAGGGUAUCUACUUCAAGUUCGACGACGGUACGAGAGUGGUGGUGCGCUUGUCGGGUACAGGCAGUAGCGGAGCCACCAUCCGUCUCUACGUCGAAAAGCUGGAGGAGGACAAGAGCAAGGUCGGAGAGGACACACAGACAUACCUCAAGGGUUCCGUGGAUCUUGCUCUCGACUUGCUCCAGCUUCAGAAGUUUAUAGGCCGAACUGAACCGGAUGUCAAGACCUGA